AUGUUCAUCCGGCCACUGAUCCUCGAUCCAACGGCAGGGAAAGGGGGUCAAGGCACAACACUGUUCAUGUGUGCCUUGUCUUCAGCAAGGCACCUGAUCUCAGUCCCCUGGAGCGUCCGUCCUCCUGUCGACCUGUCGUGGAGAACUGGUUGGCUCCGUGCCUCCGUCCCGAUUCCCCACGCGGCCACGCCCCGACCGCCGCCGCCGCUGCUCCGCGCCUCCGCCCCGGCGCCGCCGCUUCCCGCCGGCGGCCGGCCCCGCCCGCCUCGGACUCAUGCUGCCCGCCCGGCGCUCGCUUCGCCUAGCCCCGCCGCCGCACUACCGCAGUCCGCAGAGACCGCCAGACCAUCGGUCGCCGGCCGCCGCUCCGAACGUCGAGCGCCGCCCGCCUCGAUCUUCCCAAUCGCCGAGGCCACAAGCGAUGCGUGA